GUAAGCGAAUUGGAGAAAAGAUGUUAAAGUGGUAGUUUCUGUCAUUGUGUAAAAUGUAUUAAGGGCAGAGCAGAUUUAGUUUGUGUUUGUGGCUUCAGCAACCCUGAUAAACAGCCUCCGCUUUGGCGCAAGCGUUGUGCAGUAUUUCUCCUCUAUUGCAGCCUUAAUAUUUGUUAUGACACUGCUCUCAAAUGCAUGCCAGUCCCAUUUCAGCGUAGGGAUUUGUUCGAGAGGAUCACCUUUGCAGACUCUAACCUAAAACACAUUAGUUGUCUAUAUGUACCCUGUAGAACCGAAUUUGUGUGAAGUACAAACAGUCGCAAAUACGUCUCUACAGGAAUACAUGGGCAACUGAAAUACUACGCCAGCCAAGGGAUGCUUCUGCUUCUGCUCCUGCUUCUGCUCGUCUGCAUGUCUCUCUGCCUUGUCCCUGCUUUUGCAUACACAAGCAUCGGUGAUAUACACAUGCAUCCUACAUUCAGGCUCUAGCAAUGCAAUAACAUUGUCACAAAAUGUAUUCAUAGUCCAGACAGCCAUAGAUUGUGUAGAUAGGCCACAGAGAGCAAAGCCAUGUGUGCAGUGUGCGGCUACUACUGUGUCAGACCCUGUAAAACACGUUAGGAACCAGGGGUCGUUUAAAAGUGACUGAUUUACGGCUUUUAUUGCUCUAUAAAACGCCUCUAACAUCCUCGCUAGGGGUAAUAGAAAUGUCGUGCGCAUUCUGUACAAACAGGACAGCCAGAAAUACCUUUUUCACGUCGUUUUUUAAACCAAUAUUAUGUAAUUAUUGCAGUGAAAAUAGAUACAUCCGGUAACUUUCAAUUUGGUGCUGUUGUGGAUUGACUUGUGUGCUGCUUCUGUUCAGGCUUUAUAUGUCUUCAAGAGGGAACCCACGACGUUUGUGAAACGUGUUGUUGUUAUUGUUAUUAUUAUUAUUAUUAUUAACAACAAUAAUAAUAUUAUUGGAUUUUUUUGUACUUGUAAUUUAGGCUGUUGGUGACCCUACACCUAUUAUAACAAUGAAAAAAAAAGAAGAAUACAAUUAUAUGGAUGUUGUUGAGAGGUUGCUAAGCUAUAAGGGAGUCAACCUUUCUCUCUGUCUCUUUGACCCGAGCUGACUCUGCUGGGAUAAGAAUGGGAAGCACACAGCACAUGACAAGUUUAUACAGCCAGGCAGGAUCAGUUUACAGUGGAGCAGUAGACCUCCAGUAAUGUGGCUGAUGGUCACUGCUUCAGCCAUGAUUAGCAUGUAACAUUUGUAGGCUGUAUAUCCAAAAGGCAGCAAGACAGCAAGUGUCAUUGACAUAUUAUUAUUAUUAUUAUUUUCUGUAUUAUAUUUGUAUAUAUAUUUAGGAUAAGUGGAACUAUAGUUGAAAGCAAAAUAUAGCUUGUAGACUUGUUUGUACACAAAUCAGUUGCAAUUUAUUUCUAUACAUUGCAAUAUUCAUAUUCUUACUCUCAGCAUUUUCUUUCAUAACAUUUGGUUUGUAGCUUGUCCACACACAGAUUCAGUUGAUGUACAUACAUGCUUUUAUUUAGGCCAUAACAAAGCUUUCAAGUAAAAAAAAAGACAAGGACUUUUCAAUGUUGUAAAAACAGACAGCCAUGAGGAGAUGGAAAGAAUACAACCAAGAUAUGUAUUUUUGUCAGAAAAAGCCCCAGCAGAAUCAAAGGAUUUGUAUUUGGCCUUAUUUUGCAAAUCUGCAAGCAUGCCAUCUCUGAGCAGGACUGCCCUGGAUGUGGGAGGGCUCUUUUAUCUGAUGUGAAGGAGUACAGCUGUUCCUAAACGCUCUUACUCUCUCUGGUCUGCAACAACCAAAUGUAACUUAACUUCUCUGUGACACGGUGCAGCUCCUCUGCACUUCAUGAUUUUUUGAGACCCUCUGGUCUGCGACACCAUCGUGAUAGUGGUCCCCUUUCUUUUGGAUAUGUGACAUCAUAAUGGUUGUGUCCCACUGCUGACUGGUCGGUGACAUCAUGAUGAUGCUGCUCUGCACAGUUGUCAGGUUUGUGACUCCACAGUGGUGCUGUUUUAUAUUGGCUGGUCUGUGAAGUCACACUGGUAUUAUUGAGUUGGAUCUCCCGGCUGCUGUUUCACUCCUCUGUGGUCUAUGAUAUCCUCUCUGCUUGUUCUCUACUGUUUUGUUGGUGCUCAUAAUGAUAUUUGAAUAUAUGUACUGAGGCUUUUGUUGAAUGAUUGCUGUAUCUUUCAGAAAUAGAGCUUAUUAAUAAAGGUGAAAGGCAUGUUUUACAUUUUGACUUUUCUCUUUUAUAUACUUUUAACCAUUUUGUACCAUAGACCAGGACCCCCAUGACUUUUCUUUAUUCUUAUCAUCUUAUUUACUUCAAAACUUCCUCCACCUUUGCUUCCAGCUGAUUUUUGCUGCUGUGACAUUCAAAACUGCUUCAAAAAGUAUACUCCUGUCAGACUCCUCACUUCAAUCAGACACAUUUUUGAUGUUAUCCUUACCAAUUUUAAUUAAAAGUUGAAAGCAGAGCUUUUUAAUGAAUACCCUGGAAGAAAAAUGGUAUCACUUCAAAAUAGACAAAUCUCUCAUCAUUGAAUGAAGGCUUUUGUUUGGGCAGCCAGACUCUUCCUGUCCACCUUUCUCCAACAUUAUAAAUUAUCAGACCUAUUUUCAAACAUCAACCACACCUCCAGAGCAUCACAACACUCCAGCCCUCGCUGACAUUUAGAUUCAAAGUAAACCUAUUAAAUAUUAGUGCUGAAAUGCAUUUAGGAAUAUCAUCAAAAUGCAGCUCUAGUUCUUAAGUGUAUUAAUGAAGUGCAAUCUGUUUCACAGCUGAAGUGCUGUUUGUAAUGACGGUGCCUUCAUUAAUUAGCAGAUAACCUUUAUAUAAGGCGUGCAGGCUAACAAAAUGAUUGGUUUGCUAUUGUUGUAUCUUAUCCUUGGCGAAUCACCUAUUGUCCCUUUGAAUAAUUGAGACCAGUGGAUUUUGCCUGUUUUAUUUUUUCCUUGGUCAGCAACUAGCUACUAGUUUUGUCCCCAAGAUCAAUUGCCUUGCUAACACAACCAGAGAGAGAGAGAGUGAGAGAGAGGGGAGAGAGAUAGAGAGAGAAAGAGAGAGAGAGAGAGAGAGAGAGAGAGAUUUGUGCCCACAAUGGCGACUGUAGGUAUGCUAAAUACCUCUGGUUCCUUAUCCGGGAACUACCUCUUACGCUGCUAUUGGGCCAUUGGGUCACGUGGUAAAAGUAACUUUACAGGGCUGCUCGCAAGUAGGAGGGCUUUAUGGAGCAGAAAAACGACAAAGCUAGAAAAAUUAUUUUCCACUCCAGAAAUUAAUGAUCAUGAGCUCGUAUUUGAUGGAGUCUAACUACAUUGAUCCGAAAUUUCCUCCAUGCGAGGAAUAUUCGCAAAAUAACUACAUCCCAGAGCAUAGUCCAGAAUAUUACAGCCGCGCAAGGGACUCUGGCUACCAGCAUCACCAUCAGGAGUUAUAUCCUCCGCGGGCGAGCUACCAAGAGCGCCAGUAUAACUGUGCAAGCAUCCCUGAACCUGACACGCCAAGGGGACAUGGAAUACCCCAAUCUGCGCACCUGCUGACAGGGAAAGGGCAACCUGCUUCAUGUGAAACCCCACAGUUGUCCAUGUCCCCCGCCACCCCACCGGCCGCAACCUCCGCCUGCAACCAAGCUACCCCGGAGCAUCCAAACAGCACAGCCUCCUCCAAGCAGCCCGUGGUGUACCCAUGGAUGAAGAAAAUUCACGUCAGCACUGUGAACUCGGCUUACAAUGGGACGGAGCCCAAGCGGUCUAGGACAGCAUACACCCGGCAGCAAGUCUUAGAAUUGGAGAAGGAAUUCCACUAUAACCGAUAUUUAACUCGGCGGAGGCGCAUCGAGAUCGCCCACACCCUGGUUCUCUCCGAGCGACAGAUUAAAAUCUGGUUUCAAAACCGCAGGAUGAAAUGGAAAAAGGAUCACAGGCUCCCGAACACCAAAGUGAGAUCCUCUUCCUCCUCCUCCGGGUCCAACACAAGCUCAGCAGCCGGCGCUGUUGCCGCUGCUUCGGCCACUAACACUGGGGCCCCCGACGAACUCACCGGAGCACAGCAUGGCGAGGAUAUUACCAGGUUAUAAAACCACGAACCAAGAUCGGGGGUAGAAAAAGAACUGGUUAUUUAUAGAACAAUUAUAUAUUUUGUUUUCGUAGCUAUCUUGUGCGGUUUCCUUUAAGUCCAAAGUUAUAUAAAAUGCAUGUUAUAUAGCAUGGAUUACUGCGAAUACCGAUGAAUUAUUUUUACGUGACACAGGGUUUAAUUUAUUUGAAGCUCAAUUAAAAUGAUGUUUUUUAUUAAAAAAUGUUUUGAAUGAAGGAAAAAAAAAGUAGAAAAAAUAUACAUUUUAUCAAAAUGUUAUUGUGGGCCAUUCUUUUGCCCUGCUGCCCAAGGUGAAAUGCACAAUCUAUUUAUUUCAAACAACACUGGAAGGAAAUCAAUAUAAUAAUAGUUAUUUUUGGUAUAAAAAAGCUGGAACACACCAUUGAUCUUGAACUUGUAUGUUUUGGAUAAUAACAAUGUGUGAAUUACCUCGUGUAUUUCAGAAACAGGAUUUUGAUUUACAAUUUAGUUUUGUGGUGUUGAUGUUGUGUUUAGACCGUUAAAAAGCAGAUUAUUGUGAAAUGCAAUAAACGGAGUGUAGUGUACUUGUGCUAAUCAUAUUGGUCAAUAAAACAGUGAGUGUCUACUAGUUUUA